CGAUCUGCGGCACACAGAAGCAAUAGUAGAAAACAAACCUGAAUGUGUUAGGAUGCACAUUAUAGUAAACAUUAAUAUACAUCCGUCUAACAGUUAGCAUCGAACAAAUAUUAGUAGUAUUAUUGUUUUGCAGGAUAACAGAUAACUGCGCGUAUCUGCGAAAAGUUUGAGUUCUCAUUUGACAGCUAACGUUAGUUGAAAUAGUAGGAGAUGGUGUCUACUCUCUCACCCUUUCAGACUCAGUUAGCCUCCGUCAUGGAAACCCUGAUGAAAACAGCUGUAUUGGAGAUAAGCAAACUUGUCGACAUAGAGUUUGAAGUUUUGCAGUCGGAGGUGACGCGCAGUCGCAGUGAAAUCGCUGAUUUGAGGAAGAGAUUAAAGUUGAUGGAGCUCCAGCAAUGGACUGCACUUCCACACAGGCACAGAGAGAUAAACGAUGACACGAGGACAAACGGUGGACAGACAGUUAGCAAAUCAAAAAAUAGCACCCCUACAAUAAUUCACAGAGAUGAGGGUGAAUACAGAGUAUCAAUGGACAGUGAUAUAAACCAGCCAGUUAAUAUGAUAAAGAUUGAGGUACAUGAUGUGGAAAUCAAAGGAUGGGACAACAGUGAAGAGGGAACCCCAGACGUAAACCUAUUGCCCAUCAAGGAUGCUGUAGAUGAGGUUCCUGAUGUUGACAAAGGAAGCCAAGAACAUGAAACAGCAAAAUCAAUCUCACUGCAAUCCAAAAGCAACAUCUCGCCUGGAAAAAUGACAAUAAACCAGGUAUUGCGGUUAUCAUCUCAAACGCGUGCAUCGGAAACGGAUCAUUCUUCAUUUGGUCGACCACAGAGUUUGACCGUGCCAAAGUCCAUAAGAACGCACGGUGACGCUUUUUCAGUGGACAAGCGUUUUGUUUGCACCUACUGUUCAAAGAGGUUCAGGUGUUUCAGUCAACUCGAGGUACAUCAGAGGAGUCACACGGGUGAGAAGCCCUACAGGUGCACGCUUUGCGGUAAGCGGUACACUCAGAAAGGACACCUGUACACCCAUCAGCGCACACACACCGGAGAGAAGCCGUAUCGCUGUCUGCUCUGUGGAAAGGGCUUCAUUCAGAAAUGUACUCUGGAUAUGCAUCUGCGAAGUCACACUGGAGAAAAACCAUUCAGCUGUACAACCUGCGGCAAAGGUUUCACGAAAAAAUGUAACCUUAAUAAACACCUGUCUUGUCAGUCUUGCAAUAGCUGAUCAAUGGCAGUGGCAGUGCAUAAAAAUAUGAUGGCCUUUGACAUUUGUGCACUCAGAGAUAUCAUGUGAAUAUUGGAUCUGCCAAUACUGUGCAUUAUACUCUGCAUUUUGUGCAAACUGUUUGUUUCUCUCUUAAAAAAAUAAAUAUUUUUUAGUCAAUGA